GAACAGCAGCAAUACUGGUAUCAGCAGCACCUGCUUAGCCUGCAGCAAAGGGCAAAAGCCCAUGCUCAGGGACAGCAGCAGGUGAAAAGUCCAGUAGUGAAAGAUGCAUCUGAGCAGAGGGCAAAGUCUGAAGAAGGGAAAAUGGGUGCUUCAACUCAGCAGUCUGAACCUCCUCCACUUAAUGAAUCCCUGCCUCCAUCUUCCAAAGAAGACGAGUCUUCUCUUACAUCCUCUGAAACUCAGCUCAAUAUUGACCCUCCUGAUGACCCUGAGGAAGAUUUGAGAUUGCAGCAAUUGCAAGCAGCAGCGGCUCAGUGGCAGCAGCAUCCCCAUCACCGGGUUGGGUUUCAGUAUCAGAGGAUAAUGCAGAAGCAUGCUCAGCUGCAGCAGAUGGUACAGCAGUAUCAACAGAUCAUGCAGCAGCCUCCACACAUACAGACAAUGUCAGUGGACAUGCAGCUGCGACAUUAUGAGGCUCAGCAAAAACAGUUCCAGCAGCUUCAUAAAGAUUGGGAGCGAUCAAUGAACCAACAGUGGCAGCAUCAGCUUCAAACCUACCCUCACAAAGACCAGCUUCAAGAGUAUGAGAAACAGUGGAAAGCAUGGGAUGAGCAGAUGAAGGUCACUCAGUCCCAUCUGCAGGAGAAAGUCACCUCACUCCAAAAUCUGAAGAAUCAGUAUCCUGCAAAUGUGUCGCUGCCACCACCAUUUAUUCCAUAUUCCCAAACUGGUCAAGGUGGCAUUCCCAUUAUGCCUCCAACUUUACCUUCAACUACACCUCCACUGGUCCCUCCACCUCUCUCUUCUGUUUCUCAGUUAUCCAAUUCCUCUGUCCCUUCAGGAUCCAGUUCUCAAAGCAGUCAAUCUACUGAGACACCAAGGCCAGCUCUGCUUCCCACCCCUGGUACAUACGCAUCAAAAAUAGGUAGUUCACCUGUCUAUUCACCUUAUCAUUCCCAAGUAAGUUCAUCCUUUGGCUCAUCAGACCAUGGAAAGUCUCAAGUUCAUCUUGGUAAACAAACGGUAUCUAUUUCGUCUGAGCAAGGAUGUGGGGAACUGAAAGGCACUUCUGCAGUGUCUUCGACACAUGCACCUACCGGGCAGGAUAAACCAGUGAGAUCAGGUGGAUUGCUUCCAGAUCCUCCCAGAUCAGCACGUUUUGAAAGCCCCAGAGGCCCUAGAUUUGAUGGACCUCGAGGAAGGGGAUAUGACAAAUUUGAAGGCUCAAGACAGAGAGGACCUCGCUUUGACUCCCAGCGCUCAGAAGGAUACAGGUCACGUUUUGACCGACAGAAUACAGAUGGACAGUCUUCAAGCAGAUGGGGAUCUAUCCCACGAGGACCAGCAGCACAGUUCUACACUUCAACAAAUGCAUCACAUGGACAUGGUUCCCGACCUAGUGGUCCGCGGUGGAUGGGGCCCAGGCCUCAUUUGGGACAGCAGCAGCAGACACAGGCAGACUCACAGUCAGAAAACAAAGAACCUUUUACAGAUGCAGCUGGCAAUCAGCAGACUGUAAGCAGAACAGAGUCUACGCCUGAUGCACAGAGUGCAGGUCCCAUUGAGCCAAAUGAGGACCUGGCAAACACUCAACAGGAACCAUCCAAACCUGAAGUCAAAGAAACUGUUUCAGACCCUCCUAAAAAGUGGACGUGGAGUUCACAUGAUCCUAACCAGCAAGUAGAAGAGUCCAAGGCACCUACUCCACCUAUUCAGAACCAGAAUACAGUAGCCCCUGUAACAGGAGAUCAGAAUUUGGAUUCACCAGAUGCCCAGUUGACUGCUUCGGAUAGCACCCUGGGCCUACCUGGACCAGAAAACAGAGGGAAAGGGCCAUUUAUGCAUGAAGAUAGAGGCAAGGGACCACCCAUGAGGCGGGCAGGGAGCCGGGAGAGGGGCAUGGUCAGGCGAGCAGGGAGCCGGGAGAGGGGUCCCAUCAGGAGAGGUGGGAGCCGGGAGAGGGAAGCAGGAAGAUCUGAAACAGGCAAUAUAGGUAAACCCAUUCACCUAGGAGAUGACCCUGACAAGUUGCCUCCAUACCAUCGAGAUGAAGCAUUCAGAGGUUCUUGGGGUCAUGAAGAUGAUACAAUGCAGGAGGAAUUUCCUUUAGAUAGUCAAGAUGAUCCUUCUUUGGAGCAUGAGCAAUUGGAUGAUUGGGAAAGAGAACAAUACUGGAGAGAUCACAACUCUGAUUAUCAGGAUGAUUCUGUAGAUGCAUAUGACAGAGAUGACAGGUUGCAAUCCCACCAUUCACUGCCUCCAUUAUCUCCCCUACCACCACUACCUCCUUUAUCAUCUGAUCAUGACAGACGAGAUUCAUGGUGGGAUGACUGGAAAAGGCCAAGAGAGAGGGAAAUGGACAGAGAUCUAGAUAGAACUGGAAGAUCCUCAGAUAUUUAUAAUCAAGAUUUAGACAGAGAAUGGGACAGAGACUGGGACAUGAGACCUAUGGAUGACAGAGAAAUGGGGAAUCGUGACCUGGAUAUCCCCCCUCUACCACCAUUACCACCUCUUCCACCUCUGGACCGAUACCGUGAAGAUAGGUGGAGGGAGGAUAGGAACAGAGAUCAUUAUGACAGAGAUCUCCGAGACAGGGGGGAGCUUAGGAUCCGAGAGUAUCCAGAGAGAUAUGACACAUGGCGGGACAAGCAAGACUAUCUUCCUGAAAGGACUGACUGGGAGAGGGAACGGUUGUCAGAUAGGUGGUAUCCAGAUGAUGGAGAGAGACUGCGGUCUUUGGAUGACCACUCAGAUUCAUCCCUUCCUCCACCUUCACACUCCUCUGAUAUGCUGGGAGCAGAUUCAAACCUGGACUCUGACCAGUCCCUGGGAGGAGUGAUGGUCCUUAGCCAAAGACAGCAUGAGAUAAUUCUGAAGGCUGCCCAGGAGCUCAAAAUGCUUCGAGAACAAAAAGAACAGCUGCAGAAGUUGAAGGAGUUUAAACCUGACAUUUCCACACAGGACUCUCCAAGAUCACAGAACACAAGCACAAGGCCGGCUAUUAAACCUUCUCCUGCUGUUAUUAUAAAGCCUCCCGUGUUGUUCAGACAGCCCACCCCUGUGACAAGACCAAGUGCCCCACUGACAAGGCCUACUACACCUAUGACAAGGCCACAUGCUCCAGUUUCUACUCCAACUACAGCCCCAAGUCAUGGUCAGUCUUUAAAACCAUCACCUUCUACUGUGGAACAGGAACGCUGGGAUGAGGAUUCUUUCCACGGACUGUGGGACACAAAUGAGGAUAAAGGUGCAAAUAUGGAGUACGAGUUGUGUAAACAGGAGUCAAUGAUGCCUCCACCUGUCUCCUCGCCUGUGAAAGUACCUGCCGUCCACACCUCUGUUCCGUCAGCUGUACCAGUGUCCCUUUCUCCAGUUAUUCCACCAGUUUCUAAAGCACCUGUCAUUCAGCAAACUGUGGAUUAUGGCCAUGGGCGAGAUAUAACCACCAGUAAAGUGGAACAGAUUCCAUAUGGGGAGAGGGUAACCCUUCGUCCAGAACCUCUACCGGAGAGGCAAGCAUUUCAAAAAGAGCAUCCAGGUCGCUACAACAGAGAAAGAGAUCGUGAGCCUUAUUUUGAGCGUCAAGGUAAUUCCAAUACAGAUCAUCGGGAUUUCAAGAGAGAGCGGGAAUUGCACAGGGACCGUGGUCCUGUGGACUAUGAACGAGAGAGAUUUGAAAAGGAGCGGCACCCCCGAGAUGACAGGGCUCAGUCUUACCGUGACAAGAAAGACCAUCCCUCCUCCCGGCGGGGUGGCUUUGAACGACCUCCGUACGAACGAAAGACAGAUCGUCCAGCUUAUGAUCAUGGGCCUUCCAUGUUUGGAGGUGAUCGUAGAAAUUACCCCGAGGAAAGGAUUCCCAUUUCUGCUCCAACAAUGCCCCGUCAGCCACCACCUGCUCCACGAGUGGAAAGGAAGCCAGAAUCUAAAAAUGUAGAUGAUAUUUUGAAGCCACCAGGACGGGAUAGCAGGCCAGAGAGGAUUGUGAUCAUAAUGAGAGGGUUGCCUGGCAGUGGAAAGACACAUGUAGCAAAACUCAUCAGGGAUAAGGAAGUAGAGUGUGGGGGACCUGCACCAAGAGUGCUCAGCCUGGAUGACUAUUUUAUCACUGAAGUGGAAAAAGAAGAGAGAGACCCAGAUACAGGGAAAAAAGUUAAAAAGAAGGUGAUGGAGUAUGAAUAUGAAGCUGAUAUGGAAGAGACCUAUCGUACCAGUAUGUUUAAAACUUUCAAAAAGACCUUGGAUGAUGGCUUCUUCCCCUUCAUUAUCCUUGAUGCUAUCAAUGACAGAGUGCGACAUUUUGAACAGUUCUGGAGCGCUGCAAAAACCAAGGGAUUUGAGGUGUACUUAGCUGAAAUGAGUGCAGAUAACCAGACGUGUUCCAAGAGGAAUAUUCAUGGACGCAAGCUAAAGGAUAUCAGCAGGAUGUCUGAUCACUGGGAGGCAGCACCACGUCACAUGAUGCGCCUGGACAUUCGUUCUCUAUUGCAGGAUGCUGCUAUCGAAGAGGUGGAGAUGGAGGAUUUUGAUGCAAAUAUUGAAGACCAGAAAGAAGAAGUCAAGAAGGACACAGCAGAGGAAGAAGAAAGUGAACUGGGUUACAUUCCGAAAAGCAAAUGGGAGAUGGACACUUCUGAGGCAAAGCUAGACAAGCUGGAUGGUUUGCGGACUGGCACUAAAAGGAAACGUGACUGGGAAGCAAUUGCCAGCAGAAUGGAAGAUUAUCUGCAGCUUCCGGAUGACUAUGAUACACGUGCUUCUGAACCUGGAAAGAAAAGGGUGCGGUGGGCAGAUCUAGAAGAAAAAAAAGAUGCAGACAGGAAAAGGGCCAUCGGUUUUGUUGUUGGACAAACAGAUUGGGAGAAGAUAACAGAUGAAAGUGGUCACCUUGCCGAGAGAGCCCUCAACCGCACCAAGUAUAUAUGAAAAAGUGGUUACAUAGAUUUUUGUGCCUUUAAGGCCAUUUGCUCUGAGGAGAAGUGAACCAAGGUGUCAUGAGCAUCUUGCAUGGGUCAUGUCACUACCACCUUCACAGUUUUUCUUUGUUACUUUAGUUUUGGCAAUUUUCUUGAGAUAUUGGCAGAGAACCAGUGCCCUCAAAAACCCCAUUGAAUCCCACUGCUCCUAAGUGAGAGAGACAGUUUACUUUUUAAUAUUUUUGGAGGGAAGGGAGGGGGAGGGCCAGUAGUUUUAGCUGCUCUUUGUGGGAUAAAGUGGAAGGAUUAGACAGACAUUACCUCCACUGUACCAUCACAGAAUGUUUAUCACCUUUGCUUUGUGGCCGUUCUCGUUUUAUACUGUAUGUACCUUGUAGCUUAUUGUAUUAGGAAGCAGAACAAUAAAUUUCACUAUAAACUCAG